AACGACAGCCAACAGCCAUAGGGGUGUACGCGGUAAUGUGCUUCGGUUAGGAAAACGCUUGUCUUUGUUUUUUUUGGUAGGCGGAAUCGAACUCAAGGUCUCAUGCUUGCGCAGGCGCAGUGCUGUUGAGCUCCAGUCCGGGCCCUGGAGUCCGGCUUUACAGUCCGACCACAGUACUGUACCGCUUGCUUCUGCGCGCGCCGCAGGCCUCAGUGCCCCACAACCGCGGCCACCCCAGCGCCUCCGCACGCCCGGGGAACGUGGCCGGCCCCAGGCUUAAGUGAACUGGAGGAUGAGCUGGAGUCGGAGGACGAGAGCGCUGUCCCCGGCCCUGACAGAGCAGGGCCGGCCCCGGCAGAACCAGUCAUCCGCAGACCCUGCUGAGUUCUUGCUGACGGAGCCUGGCCUCCUGCAACUUGCAGAGCCCAGCCCAGGACAGCCGAGACGCUGGUCCUCCCGGGUCCUAGAGCGGCCGCGCAGGACCCUGGGGGCGGCGCGCGUGCAGGCCCGGCAGCUGAGAGGCGGCGGGUGUUGGGCCGCUGAGGGGACGUGGUGGCGGCCGGAUCCAAGAGGAGCCGAAAUGCCAGCCUUCCCAGGUCCUAGAGCGACCGCGCGGUGCCCUGACGGCGACGCGCGUGCGCGACCUGGGGCGGAGGAGUGAGGAGAGCGGCGGCGGCAUGAGGCGGUGUCGGUUGAACAGCCGGGAUGUUGGUGACUUUGGUCUCUUGGCAGUGAUGUUUGAUGUCCCAGCAAAUGGCAUUGUUCAUCGCUGUGCUGAUGAGAGUUCCUGAGGCCCUGGCAAUGCUCUGGCAACAGUGCAGACCUCGUGUGCACACAGCUGGGUAGACUGAGCAGCAGGAAUGCCCCCAGGCCGGUGGCACUCGGUGCCUGCAGUGCAGGCGCAGGCCCCCACGGAGCGAGGGCGCCUCCUGGCGGUGAAGAAGGAGGAGGAAGAGGACAGAGGCUAUGCCACUGCACAGACUGCCAGGCCACAGACCCUCAACCGUCCUGGCCAGGAGCUGUUCCGCCAACUCUUCCGGCAGCUUCGCUAUCAUGAGUCCCCCAGUGCCCUGGAGACACUGAGCCGUCUCCGGGAGCUCUGCCGCUGGUGGCUGCGGCCGGACGUUCUCUCCAAGGCCCAGAUCCUGGAGCUGCUGGUGCUGGAGCAGUUCCUGAGCAUCCUGCCGGGGGAACUGCGGACCUGGGUGCAGCUCCACCAGCCGGAGAGUGGUGAGGAGGCCGUGGCUGUGCUGGAGGAGCUACAGCGGGAUCUGGAUGGCUUGCCACAGACGGACCCAGGCCUCAACCUGCACCCAGAGGUACGCUGGAUGGGCACUGCAGCCCUGCAGUCCUCACAGACCUGGGUGCCGCCCCUCGGCAGCAGCCCUGCCCCGGGACAGCAGCUGGAGCCUCUCCACGCAGUAGGAGCAGCUCCUCCUGCCGCCCUGGCCCCUUCCCUGUCCCUGAGUGAGGUGACCCCAGAGGACCCUGCUGCAGCCACUCAGUCCCUGACACCGGAGCCGCAGGAGGCAAUAACUUUCAAGGAUGUGGAGGUGACCUUCUCCCAGGACGAGUGGGGCUGCCUGGACUCAGCCCAGAGGAACCUCUACAGGGACGUGAUGCUGGAGAACUACGGAAACUCGGUGUCCCUGGGGUCCUUCUCCAAACCCGCCCUGAUCUCUUGGUUGGAGACCAGAGGCCCCUGGCAGAUGAGUGUCCAGACAGCUCGGCCUAAGAGGCUUUUGCGUUCAGCCCCUCUGGGAGCUGAACUCCAGAUGAAGACAGACAAAGUUAUCUUAAAGCAAGAACCUGUGGAGGCUGCAGAAGGCUGUGCUGUGUUGUCCAGGUGCCAAGCAACAGGUGUCCCUGAGGGAGAGGGACUCAGAGAACCUUUGAAGCUGCAGAGCUUGCUGAUGAAGCACUGUGUAAUAUUUAAGAAGGAAGGAUCUGAUUUCAGUCCCAGGGUAGAGAAAGAAUCUGAAGUGUCAGGAGGGAGUGACACUCUGGACCUAAAACACGUGGCGUAUUUGAGAGUUUCCAGGAAAAAGCGACCCCUGAAACACAGCUGUAGCAGAUACCUGCGGAAGCGUUCACACCAUCAUGAUUGUAAAAAACACGGAAAGGGGCUCAGAUGCACACCAGGCGGCUUUGGCCUCCACCUGAGGAUUCACACUGGGCUGGCGGGGAGCAUGAAGGACACCUGUGGGAAAAGCUUCAGCCUUGGUACUGCUCACCAGCAUGAGCAGGGGCUACAUGUCGUGCGGCCGUCAUACCGGUGCCGGGACUGUGGGAGGACCUUCAAACGGAGCUCCCACCUUGAGUGCCACCAGAGAAUUCACAGCCAGGAGAAGCCGUUCAAGUGCAGGGUGUGUGAGAAAGCCUUCAAGUGGAGCUCCAACUGCAUUCGGCAUGAGAAGAUCCACAGUGGGGUGAAGCCGUACAAGUGCAGUGUGUGUGAAAAGGCAUUCCAACGUCUGUCAGCCUACCGUCUGCACCAGGAGACCCAUGCCAAGCAGAAGGUGGAGCCGAGCCUGUGUGAAGAUGACCUUCACUACAGCACUGAGCUGGACUCUUCUCCGAGAGACCGGAGAGGGGAGAAGCCUUUUGACUGCAGCCAGUGUAGGAAGUCCUUCCACUGCAAGUCCUAUGUUCUGGAGCACCAGAGGAUCCACACGCAGGAGAAGCCUUACAAAUGCGCCCGCUGCAGGAAGAGCUUCCGGUGGAGGUCCAACUUCACCCGUCACGUGCGGCUGCACCAGGAGCAGGAGUUCGGCGCAGCAGACCCUUGCCAGGACAGCGUUUCUGAGAAGGACUUCUGUCAGCUGCAGGGACCCCCGGAGGCAGAGAACACUUUCAAGUGUCAGCAGUGCGAGAAAACUUUUACUCAAAAGAGAACCCUGGCUGAGCAUCAGAGAGUCCACAUGGGCCAGACUUCGUUCCAGUGUGGUGAGUGUGGGAAAGGCUUCACCUACAGGUCAGCCUUCAUCGUGCACAAGAAGAAGCAUGCCACGAAGAGAAAGCCAGAUUUCAGGCCACCUCACAGUCCUGAUGGCCCACUCCAGGCCCCGCAGAGCAGUCACGCCCCCGAGGAGCCCCAUAAGUGCAGCCAGUGCGGCAAGGCCUUCCGCAACCACUCCUUCCUCCUCGUCCACCAGAGGAUUCACACACGCGAGAAGCCAUACAAGUGCAGGGAGUGCGGGAAGACCUUCCGGUGGAGUUCUAACCUCUACCGGCACCAGCGGCGGCACUCGGCGCACCGGCAGUGCGAACUCCCACCGCAGGGCCUGUGCCCCAGGGGCCUGGCUGACCAGAAGCCUUUCUGGUGCCAGGAGUGUGGGAAAAGCUUCACCCGGAAGAGGAGCCUCUUAGACCAUGCAGGGAUCCACAGUGGGGAGAAGCGCUAUAAGUGCAGUGUGUGCGGCAAGUCCUACGACAGGAAUUACCGCCUGGUCAACCAUCAGAAAAUCCACGCCUCCGAGAGAGCUUUUGAAUACCAGUGGGCAGGGAGGGAGCUCCUGGGGAGACAUACACUCCCCGGGCACCCCAGGAGGCACCCCUGGCUGAUGCAGACUGAGUGUGUCGCCUCUGGGCUGUCCGCCCUCCAACACCCAGGGCCCGGUGCACAGGAGUUAGAGCCGGCAGCUACGGAGCCCCCAGAGGACAGGGAGGAGCCCCAGGAGCAGUGCUCCAUACUCCCUGGCCUCCAGAAGGGGUCCCCUGGGCGGAAGUGCCACCGGUGCGGCACCUGUGGGAAGGUGUUCAGCAAGGGCUCGCUGCUUGCCAGCCACCGGCGCUUCCACACUCGGGAGCGGCCCUUCCAGUGCCGGGUGUGCGGGAAGACCUUCCGGUGGUCCUCCAACUUGGCCCGGCACAUGAAGAACCAUGCUGGGGAGUAGCCUGGCCUGGCCCCCUAAUGGGCAGCCCUGGGCAGUCGCUGCAUGGGGAACGGCACGAGGGCCCAGCCCUUUCUGUACCUGAGCUGGUGACUGGGCUCCUGAGGAUCUCAGCUCAGGGAGUCCCCAACCUGCCUGUUGGGAAGUGGGGUACCAGGGAGUAGCAGCAGCGCAUUCUCCGCCUAGGAGCAGCCUCGCUGACAGCCUGGGUCUCCCCAGCGUGGUGUCUGAUGUCGGCUGAGGACAGGAGCCUGGCCUCUUGGGAUCAGCAGCUUCUCAGGUCAGGUCUGGCCUGUGAUGGUGCCUGUGGCUGUCACCCAGAUCAGUGUGUCUGGAGUCCCCAGCAGUUCCCAAGGCAGCCUGAUUGCUGGCUGCUUGCUGAAGGUGAUGGGACCCCCAAGGGAGAGGAGGCCAGAGUGGGAGGUCUGUCUGCAGGGUUCCCUGCUGACCUGGGCUGCAGGAAAGUCCUGAGGCUCAGAGGUCCCUGCUCAGUGCUUGGGGCCGGUGCCCAGGAAUGGGACUUUGCGCUGGGGUCCCCAACUUUCCUUUAGGCUUCUAAGAGUGUGAGCCAAAGUGCCGUGCCUGGGUCUGUGUCUGUUGUGCCCAGCUGGUGUCAGGCUUGCACCCCAGCAGUGCCAUGCUCUGCCCUUGAUGGCCCGCCUGCCUGUGUUGCAAAGACAGGAUCACCACAGUGGUGCAAGCACAGCUGAAGCACUGUAAUCCUGUUUCUGAAUUGCUGAAGUCUUGGGGUGGGGGUGCCCCCAGAGGAAGAAGUGAGACUAGCCCAGGCUGUGGCCCGCUCGCUGGGGACUGCUGUGAGAUCUCCGGGCGGCUUCAGGGGGUGUGUCUGGGUGUUCUGGUGGGCUUGCAGGCCUGCCACCACCCUCCUGCCUGUCCACGGUGGAGUCACAUGCUGGCACUGAGUGCAGCUGAGUUCACUAUAGAGAAUGUUUUCCCGUCCUCAUCUUGGUCCAGGAAGUUUAUGUUUGUAAUCCCAAGGAGAGGUUAUUGCAGUUUAGUGAGUUAAUUCCAAUCUACCACUUCCAGUGCAACCCACAAUGAGAAGAAAGACACUGAGGCUUAUACAGCUAUGGGGAGCUGAGCGGUCCUAUGUCCAGCAGAGAUAGUGUUCACCAGGACAGAAGCCACACCCAGAGCCCAGCCUGGGUUUUAUUCCCCAUGAAGGGAGUGGCUUGGGGAUGAGUGACAGUGAGAGUUCUCAUAUAGGUGACUGUCAUGAGCUGGACUAGGUAGGAGGGUGAGAUCACCUCUGUGAUACACAGAGGGCAAGCAGUGCAGAAGGAGCAAUCCGCAUAGCACAGCUGAGGCGGUAGCUGAUUAUCUGGGGUCGGUGCUUCAGCUCUGAUGGGCAGUCCUGUUUGCCCUGGGAGGUCACAGCCUCAUUCCUGAGGCUCAGUUCCAGCUGACAGUGUGGAGCAUGGCUCUCCAUCCUGUACUAGCACAAACAUGGAUUUGAAGAGUCACUGGAUGGGGUAACAAUGACCUUGCUUCAGAGAGGACACAUCAGCUCCUCAGCCAGCCCAGUUUACAUGACUUAGAGCUGAUUGAAGAGACAAGGAAAUAGCCUGGCCAGCUUUGUACAUGGAAGCUGGGCCAAGUUUAACCAAGAUAUGGACGGCUACUCUUCUUUUCAAGGAAGGUCGUCUGGGUAGUUCCCCACACCCUCUUCUGGCCAGGUCACAGAGGAGCCAUGGAGCCAUCAGUCCUGGGCUUCUUGGGCCUUUGCCAAGCCAGCGGCCUCAAGAGUUGCCGAGGCCUAUGGUGGUUUCUCCUUGCAUGCAGUUGUAGCUGGCCAGCCUGGCCAGCUCCUGGUGCAGAGGGUGGAGUUCGCUGAGGCUUGUGGGGGGUGGCAUGGUCAUGGCCUGGAGCCCUCACAGAGGUGCUGCUCACCAUCAGCGGCCUUUUCCUGUGCCGGGUUCAUUCCCUAGCUCCUCAGCUGCCCGGCUCAAGACAUUCUAAUCCUAACAGGUGUUUAUACUGCUGUUUUUAUAGAGAUCUUAUUUUUAUACAUUCCAGUCAGAUUUUAAGAUCACAAAGAAUGAUGUCCAAUAGGAGCUGGGGAUUUAGCUCAGCGGCAUAAGUGCUUGCCUUGCAAGCAGGCAGUCAUGAGUUCGAUCCCUGGUACUGAUGAAAAAAAAAAAAAUAAUGACAUCCAAAACAAUAGGUGGUUUAUACUGAAAAUCACAAAGACUGAUGUCCAAACCAGUAGGUGGUUUAUACUGAAAAAAAGAGGUGCUCCUCCAUUAGGAUUGUACUGAUGUCUGUCCAGUAAAUGUUCCAGGAGCAGUACUACUACAGAAACAUGAAUCCAAGGCUGCCAAGGCUGACCUUGGGCACAAGCACUGACCAUUUUGGUGUAAGUGGUGUUGGCAUGGACUUCAUCCCCCAGGUGCUUGCCUCCCCUCUGGCCAGCCUGCCUCGAGGUCUCUGCCCUGCACAGCUACAUCCUUGGGUCUGCUCCCCAGCCUCUCCUUGGCUCGCAUUCUGCCCCUUUGAUUAUGUCUGAGUUUCUAGGUGCGGCAUGGCAGGCACCCUUCCCAGGUGGAGGAGAUUCUGUGUGAAUUUGUCUCUCUCAAGGACAUGAGAAAUGAAUUAUUUCAGCCACAUUAGAGUUGAAUGUUUCCCAGGGCCCCCUGAACGAAAUGUACACUGGAAGGCACCACUUGUGUCCCUGCCAGUAGGACACCUGGGAUUGUCUAGAGCUGUAGGACUCACAUCGACACUGCAUAUCUCUGCCAUCAGGUCGCAUCUGGUGACUUCCCUGGCCUGGAGCAUGUGCAGGCUGCUUCCGGCCUGGCCUGCCUGCCUUCCUGUCCUUGGAGAACCGAGGUGGGGGUGAAGAGUCAGAUGCACCAUGCUGUCCCAGUACACAGUGGGGGUUACCUGUGCAGCAUGGCCUGAGCCACCCCUGCUGCAGGUUGCCAACCAGGCUGAGGUGUUUGUUGAUGGGAAAGCAGGAGAGAUGCACAAUGGUUUGGAGAGUCACACAUGUGUCAGUGUGUCCAUGAAAACCAGAUGGUGAUGGCAGAGUGUGUAGAACAGCUGGAAUUCACACCGCGAUGGGAUGGCGGUUGUGACAGCUGCAGUCCCAAACUCUUGGUGGGGGGGGGGGCAGGCCUGCUCUGCCACUGUGUGUGCUGCCCCAUGCGGGCAGUGAACUCCAUGUGGGGCAGAAAGAAGCAGGAUUGGGAGAAGCAUGCAUGCCGCCAGUAGAACAGGUAGGUGGUAGGCUUGGCUUUUAGUGCUCCAGAGAGUGUGUUACAGCUCUCGAUAAAGAAAGCAGUAGAAGCUGGCUAGGUGGCUCCCGAGGGAAAGUGCAUGUGUUUCUGGGUGCCCCUCUGCUGCUGCUGACUACUUCACUGUGAAUGGGGAACGGCCCUCGACUCGGAGGGUGGUUGGGGUAGCUAAUGAAAUUGUGCAUGUAGGGUGGGUAGGAUAGUGUCUGGGAUGUAAAUGUUCUUGAUACUUAGGGCACAGUGUUACUGUUUGCACAGCAUAUUUUCUGUGGAUUCACACGAGCUGAGACUGGUUGUGGGUUGAGUUGCCAUUCUGCUGCCCAGGGUGGGAGAGGCGGGGCAGUCACGGAGGGCUCCUGGGGGCUCUGCUUGUUUUCUUGUUCUCUUUGUGGCUUUCACCACAAUCCUAAGGCUUAACAUGUUAAAGUGGGUUUUUUUUUUUUAACUCGUUCAAAAUAUAUCAAAAUAAACACUUUA